AGUUGGGCGUUAGGAAGGAUGUGGCGUUCAUCAGAUCAGUGCACAGAAAAGUGAUAGACGUGGACUCAUCUGAUGAGGCUGUACAGAAACUAUCUGAGAUCAAGUGGAGUAUUAUUUCAGUGACUUAAAUUUAGCAACUACAGAUCAUUUGAUGAGGUUUAUUAACAAAGAUCCUGAGGGAUAUGUGCCAAUAUCUGUUGUUGCUUCCUUUAAGAAGAUCAAAGCUGCCAUAAAUAACAAUUCUCAGCUUGCUUCAAUUCUGCGGAACUCAUCAAAGCUUGUGGUUAGUGAAGAUGGAAAAAAAGUCAGACGGCUGCAUCCCUUAACCGAGUCAGAUGUGGAAGAAUUGCAAUCCCGUAUAGUUGUUGCUGAAAAUUUACCUGAAGAUCACUGUCAUCAUAACCUAAUGAAGAUUUUCUCUUCUGUUGGGAGUGUGAAGACAAUUCGUACCUGUCCACCUCAAACGUCGGGUGGUGGGGCUUCUUCAGCAUCAAGAUCUACAAAAGCUGAUGGAAUGCAUUUCAGUAAUAAGUUACAUGCAUUUGUGGAAUAUGAAUCUGUUGAGAUAGCUGAGAAAGCGGUCAUAGAGCUAAAUGAUGAGGAGAGCUGGAGGAGUGGUCUUAGGGUCCGACUAAUGCUAAAACGAACUUCCAAACAUACGCAAGCACGAGGAAAGAAGGGGCAUGAUGGGUCAGGGCACUCUGAGGAAGAUGAGGCCUCUACAUCUGAGCAACAACCAAAUGAAAAACAGCACGAAAGUCCUCCCCAACAUCAUGAUGUUCAUUCACAUGAACAAUCUGGAGAGGAUCAUGCGAAUGACAAGGAGGGUGCACAUAGAAAAGGGCGAAAUAAGGGUCACCGUAACAAAGGACGUGGGCGGGGUCAACACCAUCAUAAUAACCGUGGAAAUCACGUGGGAACUCCCCCUUCAAAUAAUCCAGUUAUGAGCGAGCUGCCAACUGUGGCCAAGCAACCUCCAGGGCCCCGCAUGCCAGAUGGUACUAGAGGAUUUGCUAUGGGCCGAGGGAAGCCGCUUGCUGUUAAUAUAGCAUGACUUGUGUUUCUAAGUUUACAGAUUUUCUUCUUAUAACUAGACAUGCAAGUCUAUGCUGGGAUGAGGAAAUCAAGUCUUUUUACAUGGAAUGGUUUUGAUGGCAGGGUUUUACAAAGAGCUAUCAAUCUCAAGUAGUUGGUAUAAGGGGUCAAAUUAGCUUUUAAGAGGUCUAGUCUUUUGUAUUUUUGCACUGAUGUUGCAGAACAAAAUUUUUCUUAAUUUUUAUUUUUUCAGUUUAGUAUCUGUAUGAUGUAGAAAUGAGAUGAAUGAAAUCCUUGGUGGGGAUUGGGGAAUCAUAAAUACUUUUACUUAUAGAUAAAUGUGAUCCAGAGACUUUUGACAUUAUAAUAAAAUGUUUGAGUACAUGCUAUC